CCGUAAAAUACAAUUUCGUUUUAGCGCAGACGUCGAUACAUUUGCGGGAUAAUGAACAGAAAUUUAGCUUGUUUCGGAGUACUUUUAUACUUGCUUGUCAGUAUUCUCAAUAAACAUAAAUGUAUGGCCAUUAAAUGUUAUGAUUGCGACAAUUGCCCCAAAGUCUCAAAUGCAUCGAUCUCGACUGAAGAAUGCGCGAGAUGCAUUGUUGGAGGUGUAGGCAGUAAUACAUACAGACGGUGUCUUUACAAAGGUCAAAGCAUUCCAGCUGACUUUCCUGAAGAAGGUCAGCAAGUAUGUUACACAGAUCUUUGUAAUGGUAAAACAACAUCUCCACCAGAACCUCCUAUUAAGAACCCAAUCAAGUGUUAUGUUUGUGAAGACUGUGGAAAAAGUAAAGGAGAAAUCACAUAUCCCUGUGGCGGAUGUGCGAUAUGGAGAAGAAAAGGAAAGGUAAGCAGAUUAUGCGGUCCAAACUGUAAUGAAGCUCCCGGAGAUCCAAAUCUUACCUGUUGUACAACAGAUUUGUGUAAUGGAAUGACAAACGUGAUUGCCAACAAGAAUAUUAUCAUAUUUCUACUUCUCAUCACAUUGAUGCGUGCAUACACUAUGUAA